AUGGCAGGGAUCGGCGGGCAGAGCCGCUCGGGCACAGCUAGGGACUUGGGGACGCCCGAGAUCACUCCGUUGCCGCUGCAGCGGUUUCCACGUCUGGAACACGCCAUGCUGAGCCGGCGCCGCGUCUUUGCGGUAGAGCGACUUGGCGGCCGGGAUGGGGCCUUUGAGGACCUGGCCCAAGGCUGUGUGGUGCCGGGAGCCACUUGCACCUACAGACGGAUACCAGACACCACUCAUGAGUGUUCACUGGACUUCAGGGAGGGGCGGAAUGAGCUGAGAGGUCUGGAGAGGCAGAUGCCACUUCUGAAACUGGCUUCCCAGGACUCAGGCAUGGAGAUGGUAGUCGGGGACAGCUCCUUGGCUACCUUAUCAGGACUUUCUCAAGAUUCUCUGAACCUUGAGCCCACGGGGAGCCCUGAGCUGCCUCCUGCCCGGCUAGACCGGCUGCUGGCCAGACAGAAGCUGGAGCAGGCGCUGGAGAGAUCUCAAGAGUUUCCCAGCUUGUCAGGGAGGCGUGGCUCCCUGCAGCUGCUGAACAAGCCUGUAGGUGGAGUGCCCAUCUUUGGAGGAGAACAGGAGUCCACAGAGGCAGACACUGAGCUAGAGGCUGGUCUGGAAGAAGCAAAGGAGGUUGGUAAUAUGGAGGAGUCUGGGGCCUGUACCUGCCCUCCAGGUCAGGGCUUGCGCUACCUGGAACACCUGUGCCUUGUACUGGAGCAGAUGGCGAGGCUCCAGCAGCUGUACCUGCAGCUGCAGACCCAGAGACCCUCUAGGGAUCCUGAGGAGGAAGUAUUGGCUCCAGCUCUUUCAUCAUCUCAUAUCCCAGACAAUAGGGUCCAGGAGCACAGAGAGGAGCUGAGCCAGACAAAGGACACAGAAGGUACAGAGGCAGCUUCACUUCCAGAAGUGGGGGUGCUUGUCACCAGCCCCUCCAGGCUGCCAGAGGCCUUGCUGGAACCAACCCACAUCCUUCCACCCUCCCAGGAACCCAAGCAGGAUCUCUCCCACUGGGAUAAGGUCAAAGUUCUGCUCAAUCGGCUCCGUUGGAGGAGCCCUCGACUUCCCGAGCCUCCUGUUCCCCCUGAUGGUUCUGGACCCAGGAUGGAGUUCAGGAACCUCUCUGACAGGACUCCGUGCCAUUCCCAACGGAAGACCUUGAUACCAACAUUGGUGGUUAAGAAGCCACGAGCAAAAAAUCUUUCUGUAUGACCUGUUGGUGUUACCUGGUGACCUUGGGUGGAGGGGAUUUGCUAAGCAGUCCCUCCCAUUUUGGCUUACUGCUGCUUCUCUGCACUGCCAAGAAAAGCUGUUGGUGCUUGCUCCUCUUCAAGAUGAAGGCCAAAUCCAUCUCUAAGCAUCGAAACAAGGAGCCCUGGAUCCCCAAGAGGUUCCUGAGUGUAGUUCCAGCACUCUUCCGGGGCUCUUCCUCCUCCUCAGAAAUCUCUGGGCUUAGGCAAUGUAAAUUGACUUAUUUAUCAGGUGCUCACAGAGCAUGUUUAGUAUGGGAGUGUGUCAGCAUGUUGCAGAUGUAUGUUUAUGCAAGCUUUGUUGGACUUCCGACUGCCCCAUCUGAUGGAGUCAUUCGUCCAAAGGGUUGGUGUUUAGGGUGUCACUGAAGGAUGGCAUUGAUCUUCAUUCCACAAUGAACAGUUACCAAUGUGGAUUUCUAAUGUCUUCCUCAUACCUGAGACAGCAACCCUAGGACCAAGAACAGCACUGCCUUGGGUACCUUUGUAGUGAGUCAUGGCUCUGGAGUGCAGCCCUUGAAGGCUGAAUGAGGGAUUGGGGGCGGGGGAGAUCGAGAACAUUGUGAGGAACAACAAAUAACUUGCAAGGUCAACUCUAAGAUGCUGUGUUCUAUCCUGGAGUUUAGACCAUAGCAAAGUUUCUUAAUUUCUGAGCCACAGCUUCCUACUUGGGACGAUGAUGCCCACCUUACCUACCUCAUAAGCUUGUUAGGAGG